UUAUUCAUCGAUUAGUCUUCGACCUGUCAUCUUCUGAUUCUUCCGUAUUUGUGGUUUGUUUAUAUUUGUAAACAUCUUAGCUAUACAGAGCAAAUUAAUUUUUAUACCCUGAUAAAAAACACUUUUCUGAUUAAACCGUUGUUUCCUGCUCUUGUAUCGUGAUCUUUAAAAAUGCCUUAUUAUAUGCAUGAACUGAACCCGGAUUACAAUCCUGCCACUAGACUUAUACGACACAUGGCUACAAAUGAACUUCAAAUGCUUCUUAAUAAUGAUGAAUUAAUUGAAACUUUAGUGCAGGAAUUGCAGCAGGUAAAAACAGCUGAAUCUGAAAGAAAUUCAAUGCUAGAGAGUAACAAAAAUUUAGCAGAAUCUAAUCUAGCAAAAGAACCUAUUGUGAAUGAUUUGAGAAUAAAAAUUUUGGAGUUAAACGAUGAAGCAAAAGAUUUAAAAGAAAGUUUAGAGGCUAAAAAGCAAAAAUUAGAUGAUCUGACACGACAGAUGUCUCUGGAUACAACAUUAGCUUUAAUUCAAGCAGCUGCAGCUGAGGCUGAAGAAGAAAGUGAAGCUAUUUCUGAGAAUUUCCUUAAUGGAGAAAUGGAAGUUGAGGCUUUCCUGGACUCUUAUUUGAAUAAGCGAAAGCUGACUCAUUUGCGAAGAGUAAAGGCUGAAAAAAUGGCUGAGCUUUUAAAUCAGUUUGGUGCUAACAGAAACAGUCCUCCACCUUCUAGAAGUACUUCUUCAAUCAAUAAUCCACCCUAUCCUGAUGCAUAUCCACCACCAUACAGACCAUUUCCUUACCCGCCAAUGAAUGCAUCACAUCAUAUUUAUCCACCAAUGUAGUUGAAGUCUUUGAAAAUAUGUACAUAAGCUUAUCUUCUGUAGUUUUGUCAUCUAUAUGGUUCACAGCUUAAUUUAAUGCAUCUCAUUUUUAAUUUACUCACAUACUUCAGGUGCACAGCUUGUCUCAAAUGUUUUAUGAUUAUGUAAUUAGUGAGAACACUAACUAUUUUCAUUUUUUCAACUAUUUAUUCAUUAUGUGCUAUUUGCAUCUUUUGGUAAUUCUUUUGAAAAUUUUUACUCUCUAUGAUUAUUUUAAAUAUAAUUUGUAUCAGAUAGAACUCCAUUAAUAUUGUUACUUUUUUGUGGAUUUGUGAUGUUUCAGCAAUUUACAAAAAAAUUCAACCGUAUAAAUCAAAGGAAAUUAUAAAUUUUUAAUUUUAUAUUUUUGAUUAGACAAAACUGACAAAACUAUGAGUAAUCACUUUGUUUUCAUGCUUUAUUUCUUUUUAUGUCUGCUACUGGUAGGAUCAUAAAGAAUCCAUGUCAGAAGGUUGAAGUAGUGUUAUCUCAGUUAAGUUGUGUAUUUAACUUAUUUACAUCCCAAAUAAUUUGAAGUAUAGACUUUAGUAAAUUUCUUUUAAAUUAAGUUUUAAAAAACCGAGAUUAACAUAAUUAUGAAAUAAAAUUAUCUUCUCCCUCUAAACCUUUUUUUAAAAGAAAGGUAUUCAUAUAGUUAGGUGAAAAUCAUUUUCUAAAAAAAUUUUUUAUGCAUGCAUAAUAAAAAGAAUAAAAUAUUAAAAAAUAAAGAUUCUUUUUGAAUACCUUGUAUUCUCUCAAAAAAUUAAUCUGAGUGGGUGAGAAGAAAUCAUUAAAGUUAAAACCUCAAAAUCUAUCAAAUGAGUGACAGAUGAAAAUUGAUUAGGUGUUUGAAAAUAUAUAUUUACUCACUAAGCAAAAAAUAGAAAGUGACCCCCCCCCCCUUAAGGAUGCUUUGGAUAAAUUUAAAACACUGGGCAUAAUAUUUUAAUUUAAUACACUUUGGAUAAAUUUUUCAAACAUUUUUUGAUAUUUUACAAUUCCAUAAUAUUUACUUUUAUGGAAAAGAAAGACAAUUUCCAAAAAUAUAUAACCAAUUUCUUAAUAGAAUCAUUUUUCUUAUUCAGUUAGUAAGUAUAUUGUAAAUUGAGAAAGUUCAUGUAGAUGUGGUGUUGUGAAGCUGAGAGAUACAGAUGUAAACAUAACAUCUUAGUUGGCUGUGAUACAUAUGCUAUGUCGAUUAAUAUCGUAAUGAGCAAAGUAAAUGAAUGAAUUUUCAAUUAAUUGGUUGCUUUAAUUUUCAAAAAGUGAAGUUGAUUCAUACUAUAUUUAUUGGUUUAAGCACUUUUUUUAUUAUAUAUUAUUUUGCUACAUGAAAAUUAUUUUUGGUAUUAAGCUAUACUGGAUAAUAAUAUAUUAUGGAUCACUUUUUUUUUACAUUUCUUCAUUUAUUGCUUGUAUAUCAAUUUUAUUUUAUGAAUGAUGAAUAAAAAUUAACAGCAGUUGUUUUAAUAUUUCACGAGAGGGGAAAAAAGAGGGAGAGAGAGCAUGGUUAUCUUUUUAGCAAUUUCAUCACUCUAAACAGCUAGUCAUUUCUUUUAUUCUUAUUUGUGAUAGGAAUUUAUAUUUAUCAUAUUUGAUAUAUUACAUGCAAAAUCAAUGGAAUAAUUUAUUAAAAAAAUAAUAAACAAUUUUAUUCCAAGUGCAAAAUUUUGUUUUUAUUUGCCUUGCUUCAAAAUAUUUGUUGAAAAUGUGCUUUCUGUUUGGAAUGAAAUCGCAACUGAACAAUAUGAAAGAAAAAUUAAAUAUAUAAUAAUAGUUCAACAUAAGAUUUUAAGAGUGUAAAUUUUUCUUAUGUAAAUCUAUAUGUUGUUUGUAAAUGCAAAACACACUGUAUUCAAAAUAUGCAAACUUUCAUUUUAACUGCAAAAGAUGAGAAAUUUAGCUCAUGAUAUAUUGCUUCUGUAUACUGUAAAUAAAAUUUAAUGUGUCUUA